AUGGCCCCAGAACCCAACAAUCCCUUACGGGACGACGAAUCGCCCUCUCCACCCCCUCAACCGCCCAUUGCCCAAACUCCCGGCCCCCGCGUUACCCGCCUGCAAGAGAUCUACGCACAAGCACUCGCGCGUACACUCCGCGCAAACUCGUACUCUAAUUUUGCUGCCUGUUUUCCCACACCCGCGAAACAUGUCCCGGCUAGUCUGGAGAAUGUGUGGCGCCAGCUGAAUGCGAAGUUAGAGGAGAGCGCCAAGGCCGAAUUUGAGGAGAUUUUAGCUGAGAGGAAUGCAAUUGCGCAGUUGAAUGAGCUGGAUCGGUUGGUUGGGGAAGCGAGGGCUAGGAGAGAUGCUGCGGCGGCGGCGGGUGAGAACGGGAACGGGAACGGGGAGGAGGAGAGAGUUCCGUACGUUUUCGCGCCGUUUCUGGAAGAAUUGAUGAGAAAUUCGCAAUGCUAA